CCUUCCCUUUUGGAUAAUGAACUCUUCCGGCGAUUCGAAGUGUUAGCGGGAGUAAGUUGUUGUUGAAGCAGACAGUAGAGUAGAGUUAAUUUAAGCUUUUUAGUAAAUUCAACAUAAAAUAACAUUAUUAAAUGUCUUUUUUUUUUUUUUAAAUAGUGUUGAUGAAAACGGUGUACGGGAGAGAAUACGAUAUAUCUAUUAAUCUCAGUAACAGCGUCUAUUAUCAACUGACGUUAGCAUAGCCUACUGUACGUUUAAAAAAAAUCUAUCGAUAAACUUUAGUUUCCUAUUAUCAGUAAAUAUUUUUAGUUCAAGCCCGCCAUUGACCGUUCUUGGGUGUAAACAUGGAUGUAUCGACCUGUUUGAAAUCGCUUCUGUUGGCCAUUCGUCAGUACAGAAAUAACAGAAGCGCUUUAAAUGCAUCUCAGCUGCAGAAACACAUUGAAGACGUUUCAGGGCUGAAAUGUGGCGGAGUGCUGUUUUCAGGUCAGGUGCUGCCCAGCGAGUGUGUGAGUGGACUCAUGGAAGUAGCUGGAGAUCCCAACACCAGUCACACACUGACGGGAUCCAUAAUAUCCCUGCUGGCACAGUUCGCAGCUUCUGAUGGUGAGGCUAAAGAGGCUCUUCACAGCAGCUACAACUUCACCGGGACUCUGGCAUCCAUAAUCCACUGCAACAGAAGCACUCCAGAAGAACCUCUUGUGCUGCAGUGCCUUAAUGUGCUGCAGCGACUGACCUACAGCGUGAGGACUCUGCAUUGUGUCUCUCACAUCCAUGAACUCAUCAGCUUCCUAAUGCAGCAUGUCCAGUCAAGUAAUGAUGACAUUGUAAAGGCCUGCUUGGGCCUGACGGCCAACCUGUGUCGACAUGACAUCUCAGUGCAGUCACACAUCAAAUCUCAGAGUAAUGUGAAGGCUUUCUACAGAGCCUUGAUUAAUUUCCUGGGUCACAACUGUCUGACUGUAGUCGUCUUUGCACUGUCCAUAUUAUCGAGUUUGACUCUAAAUGAAGAAGUUGGGCAGAAGCUGUUUAAUGCGAAGAACAUUCAUCAGACCUUUCAGCUAAUAUUUAACAUUACCGUCAACGGAGAUGGCACAUUAACCAGGAAUUAUGCUGUGGACUUGUUAGUGGAUCUCCUGAAAAACCCCAAAAUUGCUGAUUACCUGACCAAGUAUAAACACCUUCCAGUUUGUCUGUCCGAGGUUCUUGGGCUAUUGCACAACAAAGAUCCCGAUACUGCAUCAAAGGUUAUGGAGUUGCUGGUUUCUCUGUGCUCAGUCCCUGUCCUGCGUAAGCUUGUCUGUGAGACUGUGCUACGACCUCCAGCCCCUCGACUGCAGCCUGCUACUAGAAAAGGUGUUCCGGCUCGAGGGUCUGAACCGAGUUUAGCGCUCAUCCACUGGGUUACGUCACCUCUGGAUGGUCCAGAGCAGUGCUACAUGCAGGCUCUGGCCCUGCUGGCUGAGCUUUUUGAAGAGGUGAUCGACUCCUCUCUGUGCAGCUCAGCUCAGUCAUUUGUAGAGCUCCUUCUGCAGGAGGUUUUGGUUUUGCUGCAGUCUCCAGAAUCCACUGAAGGAGACCAGCUGCUGAAGAAACACUGUGUACGUGCAGGCCGUGUCGUUGACUUUCUGCUAGUGCUUUGUGGCGAUGAUGCUCUGAGAUUGCUGGUGUCCCAACGGCUCAGUCCAGAAGUGUGUGCCUCACAGGUGGAGCUUCUGCUGUCCUACAGCCAGGACCUCUCUGGGUCCACCUGUACUACCUCUAACUACCAGCUCAGUCAGGUGUGCUCUAAAGUGGUACUGAAGACUCUAGAACUGAUGAGCCACCUUAGACAGCAGAUGCCAGACAUGGAGACGUCCUUCUACAGGAUCUUACAGGACCAGCGUAUGAUCACACCUCUCUCCUUAGCUAUGACCUCAAAUUGUAGAGUGCAUGUACAGGUUGCCCUACGCAUACUUUUUGAAGCGGCCCCUCUCCCCGACUUCCCUUCUGUCAUUCUGGGAGACAGUAUUGCUGCCAAUAACGCAUACCGUCAGAAGGACAGUGAGUUGUCGAUCCGGAGCAGUCCUGGUAAUGAGGAUGUGUCUUUUGUGGGGAAGAGUUUUCCCAUGAUGCAUGCAGAACCUUCUGGAUCUGCUUACCAAAAUAUUGACAGUCUCAUCGAGAAGCUUCAGAACGGAGUGGAGCUACAGGAGAAGGUCAAAGAUGUACACAUGUCAGAGAUCAUCGAUGUGUAUGAGCAGAAGCUUUCAGCGCUAGCAUGUAAAGAGAGCCGUCUGCAGGACCUUUUGGAGGCCAAAGCACUCGCGCUGUCACAGGCAGAUCGACUGAUUUCUCAGUACCGCUGUCAGAGAGCUCAAGCGGAAGCUGAGGCUCGCAAAUUGGCGUCUCUACUCAAAGACACAGAGCGGAAGAAAGAGGAUCUGCAGACGGAGUUGAAUGAUCAUCUGUUGGAGGUCGAGAGACUGAAAUCUGACAGCCAGCAGCUCCUGGAGCACAAUGGUCGUCUGCAGGAAGUCGCUGACCAGCAUCAGGAGUUAAAGGGCACCUACAACCAGCUCCUCAGUAGGUAUGACAAAAGUGAAGGGAUGCUGAAGGAACUACAGGCUGCCCAUAUCUCUCUCACCCAGCAGGCCGAGGGGCUCAGAAAGACAAAUGAGGGAUUAAAACUCCAACAGGAGAGGACUCUUGCAGAGAUGGAAGAAAAAGAACAGCAGAUAAAGUGCCUGAAGACAGAUGUGCUAGACAAAGAGAGAAAAAUAGCAGGUCUUGAGAAUGAUGCGAGGAGGCAAGAAGAUCAGAUCCAUGAGAUGGAGGAGAAUAUUUCCAUCCUCAGGAAAGAGCUUAGUAAGACAGAACAAGCUAGGAAGGACACCAGCAUCAAGGCUUCCUCUCUGGAGCUACAAAAAUCCCAGCUAGAGGCCAAAUUGGAGAAAAUGGAGGAAGAGCUGGGCAAACACACGCAAAUGAUCGCCAUGAUACACAGUCUCAGCAGCGGCAAACUCAAGGGUGACGUCACUGCCAACCUCUCUCUGUGACACCUACAUAUUCAUAUAUACGCCAUGAAAUACUUUACUUGCUUCAUGAUAUGAAAAUAACUUAUUUUAUCUGUUUUGUCACUUUUAAUCUUUCCACUGUAUGUUUACUUACAUUCGUGUUCUAAUGUACAUGAGUGAAUGAAUAAAUGUCUGUAAAACUUU